AUGACCGGCAACGAGUUUCGUUUCUUCCUGUCAUGCGAUAUCAAUCUUCCCGUCACCUUCCGCAUCGAGCGCCUCGAAGGCAAUUUGCCCUUUGCCAAAUCCCCUGAUUCAGAAAAUAAUGGCUCCACGGAUGAUGGAACUGCAGAGUUAUUUGUGGAGUGUGCCUUGCACAUUGAUGGAGCACCAUUUGGACUUCCUACCAGAACAAGGUUGGAGUCGACAGGACCAUCUUAUUGUUGGAAUGAGCUCAUCACAUUGACAGCUAAAUAUCGAGAUUUGACCGCUCAGUCACAACUCACUUUCUCUGUUUGGGAUCUUUCUCAUGGUGAAGAACUGAUUGGAGGAGCCACAAUUAUUCUCUUUAACAACAAAAAGCAGCUCAAAACUGGGAAGCAAAAGCUUAGGCUUUGGGCAGGAAAAGAAGCAGAUGGAACAUUCCCUACAUCUACACCUGGAAAGGUCCCUAGGCAUGAACGCGGGGAGCUGGAGCGAUUGGAAAAGCUUGUAAAUAAGUAUGAGCGAGGCCAAAUUCAACGAGUGGACUGGCUAGAUCGCCUCACAUUCAAAACUAUGGAAAAAAUCAAGGAACGUGAAAGCUUGAAAAAUGGUAGUUCUCAUUUGUACCUGGUUGUGGACUUCUGUAGUUUUGAGCAUCGAGUUGUUUUUCAGGAAUCUGGUGCAAAUUUUUUGUUGCCAUCCCCUAUAGCUUCAACCAACGAUAUUGUUAUUGUCUGGGAUCCAGAAGUGGGAAAGAUUAAUCCCUCUGAGCACAAACAGUUAAAGCUGGCCAGGAGUUUGACCCGUGGUGUCAUAGACAGAGAUCUGAAGCCAAGCUCAAAUGAGAGAAAGUCCAUUCAGAGAAUACUUAAGUAUCCACCAACCAGGACUUUGAGUGGAGAUGAUAGGCAGCUCUUGUGGAAAUUCCGCUUUUCUUUGAUGUCUGAAAAGAGGGCUCUAACAAAAUUCCUCCGUUGUGUUGAAUGGAGUGAUGUACAGGAAGCAAAACAAGCGCUAGAAUUGACGGGCAAGUGGGAAAUGAUUGAUGUUUGUGAUGCACUUGAACUUUUGUCUCCGGUUUUUGAAAGUGAAGAGGUCCGUGCAUAUGCAGUGAGUGUUCUUGAAAGAGCCGAUGAUGAAGAGCUUCAAUGUUACUUGCUUCAAUUGGUUCAGGCUCUUCGGUUCGAGCGAUCUGACAAAUCUUGCCUUUCUCAUUUUCUUGUCCAGCGGGCAUUAAGGAAUAUUGAAUUGGCAAGCUUUCUUCGCUGGUAUGUGACUGUUGAACUUUAUGACCCUGCAUAUGCAAAACGAUUUUACUGCACAUAUGAAAUUCUGGAGGAGAAUAUGAUGAAGAUGGGAGCUGGUGUGAAUGGAGAGGAAGAUGGAUUUAAACGGUGGCAGAGUUUGGUACGACAGACAGAAUUAAUCGCUCAAUUAUGUUCAAUUACUAGAGAUGUUGGGAAUGUCCGAGGUAACACACAGAAGAAGAUUGAAAAGCUUAGACAGCUACUCUCUGGUCUUCUAAGUGAACUUACAUAUUUUGAUGAGCCAAUACGAUCACCUCUGACACCAGAUGUGCUCAUCACUGGGAUUGUGCCCUCUGAGUCAUCAAUAUUUAAAAGUGCAUUGCAUCCUUUGCGUCUUACUUUUAAAACAGCAAAUGGUGGAACCUGGAAAAUCAUAUUUAAGAAGGGGGAUGAUCUUCGCCAGGACCAGUUGGUUGUCCAAAUGGUAUCACUAAUGGAUCGAUUGCUUAAGUUAGAAAAUCUUGACCUGCAUUUGACGCCAUACAAGGUUCUAGCAACUGGGCAAGAUGAAGGCAUGAUGGAAUUCAUUCCAUCCCGUUCUUUGGCGCAGAUUUUAUCCGAGCAUCGCAGCAUCAUAAGCUAUUUGCAGAAUUAUCAUCCUGAUGAUCAUGGACCUUUUGGAAUUACAGCCAACUGUCUUGAAACGUUCAUAAAAAGCUGUGCUGGCUAUUCCGUUAUCACUUAUAUACUUGGUAUUGGAGACAGGCACUUAGACAACCUCCUCCUAAGAGAUGAUGGAAGUCUUUUCCAUGUUGAUUUUGGUUUUAUUCUUGGCCGAGAUCCUAAGCCAUUUCCACCACCAAUGAAGCUCUGUAAGGAAAUGGUUGAGGCUAUGGGUGGAGCUGAAAGCCAAUACUAUACAAGGUUCAAGUCCUACUGUUGUGAAGCAUACAACAUUCUUCGGAAGUCCAGUAACCUAAUUUUAAAUCUAUUUUACUUAAUGGCGGGUUCCAAUAUUCCUGACAUAGCUUCUGAUCCUGAAAAAGGGAUUCUUAAACUUCAGGAAAAGUUUCGGUUGGACUUGGAUGAUGAAGCCUGUAUACAUUUCUUCCAGGAUCUUAUCAACGAGAGUGUGAGUGCAUUGUUCCCUCAGAUGGUUGAGACCAUUCAUCGUUGGGCUCAAUAUUGGCGAUGA